CCCGAAAUCCUCCCAGAAUCCUUUGUUCUUCCUUUUCCCCGGUGGUAGUGGCCGACCGGAGGUAAGCUCUGAAAAUGGUCCGCUACUCACUUGAUCCGGAAAACCCCACAAAGUCAUGCAAAUCCAGGGGUUCCAAUCUUCGUGUCCACUUUAAGAACACACGUGAGACUGCCCAAGCCAUAAAGGGUAUGCACAUCCGGAAAGCCACCAAAUAUCUGAAGGAUGUGACUCUGAAGAAGCAGUGUGUUCCGUUCCGUCGUUACAAUGGUGGGGUUGGCAGAUGUGCUCAGGCCAAGCAGUGGGGCUGGACGCAGGGGCGGUGGCCAAAAAAGAGUGCGGAGUUCCUCCUGCACAUGCUCAAAAAUGCUGAGAGCAAUGCUGAGCUCAAGGGUCUGGAUGUAGAUUCUCUGGUGAUCGAGCACAUUCAGGUCAACAAAGCUCCCAAAAUGCGCAGGAGAACCUACAGAGCUCAUGGUCGCAUUAACCCUUAUAUGAGUUCUCCCUGCCACAUUGAGAUGAUCCUCACAGAGAAGGAGCAGAUUGUCCCUAAGCCAGAAGAGGAAGUUGCUCAAAAGAAGAAGAUAUCUCAAAAGAAGCUGAAGAAGCAGAAACUGAUGGCUCGAGAAUAAACAUCUAUUCAGUUCACAAAUAAAAUAAAACUUAAGUUAA